AUGGUGUUCAAGCCGUUCACCCAUCUCGCGCGUCAAAGUUUCGCCAAAGCCUUUACCCAUGGCUAUGCCCAGUCGGUAGUCGCGGCGUCGCAGUCCUCCUACGCGUCGUCCACCACUUUCAACAACCUCGCCUGCACACCGGCCAAGUUCUCCCGCACCACCCAGCUACAGAAUGCUUUCUCGAACGCGUCCAGCUCGUCCGGCGCCGGCGCCAAGGCUAGCCAGGGCGGCUCCGGGUCUGGUGACUUCGGUCUAGCUGCGUACUACGCUGCCUGGCAGCAUGCGCAGCAGACCGGCGAUGACAGUGAUUGGACACAGUUUCAGUUCAAGCGGCGCAUCGGCUGGAAGCCCGAGUCUGUGGAAGAGGGCGACCAUGCCGUGCAAGAGUCGCGGUCCGAGUCCGUACCGCCCCAUCUGACCAAGGCGGCUGUGAAUGAAGAUGUCAGUGCACAGGUGGAGGAAGCUGUGGCUCGAGAAAUUCAGAUUCAGGAGGAGCAGGCACAGGCCGAGGAGGCUUUGGAGGCGACAGAGGCCACUGCGGACUCCGCAGUCGAAGAGACCGUUGCCUCGGACCCCGUGUCUGACGCGACCAAGACCGCCUCGGGUCGAAUUGCACAGCUGGCCACGGAGAAGAAUUAUGCAGAGAUUCCGGGUGCCUUCGAGUCCUUGCUCAAGGACGGGCUGACCCCGACAGUGGAGGCGUACAAUGCCCUCCUGGUCGCUGCCAUCCGACUUCAUCCAGACGCCGUGGUGGCCAUCCCCAAGGCGCUCGAUGUCUACUCGGAUAUGCUACGUCGAAGGGUAAUUCCCGACGAAGAUACCUACCAGACCCUGGUCCAGCUGUUGGUGACUCGAGCGCAUGACACAAUCAAGGCCAAGGAAGUGCUGGAGCAGGAGCGGGUCCGUUUCGGUGGAAUGGAGGAGCCCGGAAAGUUCAUGCUGCAGUCGAGUGAAUUGGAGCGCGACAUUUUGGCCGAGGAUCACUCCUUGUCUAUCGCCGUGAAACUCUUUGACACCGCCACGACCCGUCAUGCCGAGCUCGUGUUCCCGCGGGAGAUGUACCGACACCUCAUCAUCGCAUGUGCUGAAGAAGGCAGGGUGGAGGACAUGAUCCGCAUCUUUGCCCACAUGGAGACGCAGGAGGUGAUUCCCCAUGCUACCAUCUUCCCGUCUAUGAUCGAUGCGUUUGCGGCUAGCGGCGAUCUCAAGAGCGCCGUGGAAUGCUACAACGAGUACCGAAGUCUUGCCGUUUCUGACGACGAUGGAGUGUUCAGCAUCGUUCAGCGUCUGGACGGUCAAGUUUAUGCUGCUUUGAUCCGCGCCUAUCUCUCUUGCGGGAAGAACGAGGGCGCGAUUCACUUCCUCGAUCGCGUGCGCUCCUCGUUUGAUGAUAUUACGGAGAACCGCGAGGCUCGCUGGGACGCCGUCGAGUCGGUGAUCGUCCAAGAUGCUCUCGUGCAGCACUCGCUAGACGCUGGAGAGUACAGCAAAGCCUUGGAGCAGGCCAAGACGGAGUUGCACGACGAGUCUCGGGAUCAGGCCAUCUCUCGGAUCUGCGUGGCCGCGGCCGAUGCAGGCGAUCUGGCCACUGCUUCCGAGGCGUACGAUCGUCUACCUACCGCGCCUGAUGCUCGGCAGAAUCCUGCGAUCUCUUUGAUGGCUCUUCAUGUCCGCCGGGGCAAUGUGUCGGCGGCCCGUUCCUUGUGGAUCAUGUUGAACACCGUGGGUCAGGCGACCCCGGAUAUGGUUCAGCCGACCGCCAUGUACUCGAUUGCAUUGCUCAAGAGUGGCCAGAUCGAAGAAGCCCUACAGGAGGCCCGCAACUCGUUCGCCCGUAUCCGGAACGCUUCUGCUCAUGACGCUGCCGUCUCGUCUCUCACCUGCGAGCAGAUCACCGAGACCCUUCACCUGUUUGGCCGAGUAUUGAUCCAGACUGCCGCGGUGCUCUCUCCUCAAGCGGCUAUGAACCUUCUCUGGUCCAUGGUUGAGAACGGUGGCCUUGUCUCUCCUCUGGCCGAGCACGCUGUCGCCAGUCUGGGGCCCAUGGGCAUCUCCCAGCUCAGCCCCACUGAUCUCACCCUUGCCCUUCAGCUCCAGGCCGGCAUGCUGGCUAGCAACAGCGCCAUGCUGUUCGACAUUGCUCACCCGGUCCGCUUCGCGCACAUGCUUGAUGUGGCUCUGUCGACUGCUAUUCCCCUGGACACUUACACGACUGGUCUGAUCGACCAGGCCAUCGGAAAGCUUUUCACCAGCCGGCCGGAUGUUGUCAAGAAGUGGCAAGAGCAUUUGGAGCGGUCGACCCAAGCAUCCUUGCAGUCCGACCGCCAGAGCCCCGUCUCCAUGGCAGAGACUUCGAUCACGACCCCAACGUCCAACUCGGAUUCGGUCGACCCUUAUGCAUAUGCCACCGACUUUCGGGGAUCUGCCAUCAUCGCAGAUGAACUUGAGAAGACAGCCGGCCGCGCCGAGACCCAUCUCAACGAAGCGAUGAUCCGAGUCAAGAACAUGCGCCGUAUCGGCCGUCACCCUCGCUACAUCACAUACGCCAAGCUGAUUACCGCUGCCGCCAAGGUUGGUCGCAUGGACUCGGUGCACGAGAUCUUGGGUAUGGCCCGGGCCGAUGUCCCCCUCAACCCGGCGUACCACCUUGUCAAGUACGGGUGGGUGUCAAUUCUCGACGCCAUGGUCGCUGCUUGCCUUACCCUCGGUGAUCGACAGCUGGCCGGUCAAUAUCAUCAGGAGCUUCUAGGCCUUGGAUCUGCGCCCUCGGCCAACACCUUCGGGUUGUACAUCACCACUCUCAAGGAGUCGACCAAGACCUUUGACGAAGCCACCGAGGCCCUCAAGAUUUUCCACCGCGCAGUGGCGGAGGGCGUGGAGCCCACUUCGUUCCUGUACAACGCCCUGAUUGGCAAGCUCGGCAAGGCCCGUCGCAUUGAUGACUGUCUCGCAUACUUUGCUGAGAUGCGCACCAACAACGUGCGCCCAACCAGCGUCACCUACGGAACAAUCGUCAAUGCUCUGUGCCGUGUGAGCGACGAGCGGUUCGCCGAGGAAAUGUUCGAGGAGAUGGAGUCGAUGCCCAACUACAAGCCGCGGCCCGCGCCGUACAACUCCAUGAUCCAGUAUUUCCUCACCACGAAGCGUGACCGCAGCAAGGUUCUGGCAUACUAUGAGCGCAUGCAGGCUCGCAAGAUCCAGCCGACGAUGCACACUUACAAGUUGCUCAUCGACGCCCAUGCUUCGCUUGAGCCGGUCGACAUGGACGCGGCUGAGAAGGUCCUGCAGUCGAUGCGGGCUGCUGGGCAACGACCUGAUGCUGUUCACUACGCUUCUCUCAUCCACGCCAAGGGCUGCGUGCAACAUGACUUGGAUGGCGCCCGGCAGGUGUUUGACUCGGUUGUGGCCGAUCCCACCGUGCGUCCGCAGCCGUGUCUAUACCAGGCCCUCUUCGAGGCAAUGGUCGCCAACAACCGGGUGGCAGAUACCGAGGCGAUUGUCCAGGGCAUGCUAAAGCGCAGGGUUGAGAUGACCCCGUAUAUCGCCAACACUCUCAUCCACGGAUGGGCCACUGAGGGCAGCGUAUCCAAGGCCAAGGCCAUCUACGACAGCAUCGGUCUCGCGAAGCGUGAGCCUAGCACCUACGAAGCGAUGACCCGCGCAUUCUUGGGCGCAGACGACCGCGCGAGCGCCUCAACCAUUGUCCAGGAGAUGAUGUCGCGCGGAUACCCGUCCGCCGUGGCCGGCAAGAUCAUGGAUCUGGUCGGCGGCACCGCUCCCUCCACCUAA